AUUUCACUUCGAGUCCCGAGUUGACCAUGGCUUCUCCAGCAUCGCCUGCUUGGUCGCCUGGGCACUUGAAGCUGCCGCGGAAGAUGGGCCGCGUGGACUUCAGCGUGCGCGAAGCGGCCUUCGCCGUGGGCAUGUCCCCGGCGAGGGAGCCGCCAGGAAUGCACCCGAUGCCGGAGAACGAGCAGGAACUGCGCAUGGUCCAGGCAGAGCGUUCCGAACGGGUGGAUCCGAGCGCCUCACGUCGCGCGCGGGACGAGGCACGUUUCUCCCUGGAGGCCAAAGUUGCUGCCUCAGUGGAAGCCCGUCUACAGGUGGUGGAAGAGGCGGUUUUGGAGCUGAAUCAAGACCUCAUGGCUGCUGCUUCGCAGCUGCGUCAGAUCCAGGCUGAGCCACGAGGCUUCGAGCUGGAGAAGGCCUUGGACCAAAGAGUCAUGGACUUGGAGGAAGACUUGACCUUGGUGGUGACCGAGGUGGAGUUGAGGUUAAGGCACCUCAGUGGCCAUCUCAACCAGGACGUGGCCACAGACGUGUUCGACUGGCCCAGGCGUCGACGAGCAAUAGAGGGCGCCUACGGAGGCGUGCACGUGGUGGGAACGCAAGAAAAUCGGAUCGGAUCAUGGUGCUCUCGCGUCGGCGCUCAGAGCCACCGCGGCGAGGUAGAGCCGCCCAUCGAGGUCAAAAAAACCUCCAUCAUCCCAUCUCAGGAACUGGAAGAGAUCAGGGAGUGGAUGCGAAACUUUGAAGUGGAGCUGAAGAAGCGAUGCUUUGGGACAGAAGCUUUGCAACAGGUGAGGACCGAAGUGACCCACCAGCUCGAAACAGAGGUUCUUGCAGACGUCCGGCAGCGCUUGAGCUUCCUGGGCAACGAAGUGGAAGAAACCAAGCGAGGCAUUGAGGACUUGCAGGCAUUGAAAGAAGUCCAACAAAAGGCGAGUCGCACUGAUGAAGAUGCAAAAGACAUGGCCAAGAACACAAGAGAAUUACACCAGGUCAUCACGGGACUUCGACGACAAGUUUUGAGCGAAUUCGAUGCGCUGAAAGACACCAAGAGAGGUGCAGAAGAGAUACAGCAGGAACUGGCUGACGUUGGGCAUCGAACAAGUUCCUUUGACAAUGAGCUGAAGGAAACGAGAAAAGAUGUAGAAGACAUGCAGAAGGCACUAAGAGAAGUGACGGAGAAGACGGCUCGCACAGAUGAAGAUGCAAGGAACAUCGUGAAGAGUACCAGAGAGUUGCAUCAGGUCAUCACUGAAGUUCGCCAACGAUUAAGUUGCAUUGAUACUGAGUUGAAGGAUGCCAAGAAGGGUUCAGAAAACAUGCAGCAGGCAUUGAAAGAGCUGCGCGAGUCAAAAAACACUGCAGACAUAAAGAGCGUUGUUUCAGCAGAUUUGCAGCAGGAACUUGCUGACAUUGGGCAUCGAACAAGUUCCUUUGACAAUGAGCUGAAGGAAACCAGAAAAGAUGUAGAAGACAUGCAGAAGGCACUAAGAGAAGUGACGGAGAAGACGGCUCGCACAGAUGAAGAUGCAAAGAACAUCGUGAAGAGUACCAGAGAGUUGCAUCAGGUCAUCACUGAAGUUCGCCAACGAUUAAGUUGCUUUGAUACUGAGUUGAAGGAUGCCAAGAGGGGUUCAGAAAACAUGCAGCAGGCAUUGAAAGAGCUGCGCGAGUCAAAAAACACUGCAGACAUAAAGAGCGUUGUUUCAGCAGAUUUGCAGCAGGAACUUGCUGACGUUGGGCAUCGAGCAAGUUCCUUUGACAAUGAGCUGAAGGAAACCAGAAAAGAUGUAGAAGACAUGCAGAAGGCACUAAGAGAAGUGAAGCAGAAGACGGCUCGCACAGAUGAAGAUGCAAGGAACAUCAUGAAGAGUACCAGAGAGUUGCAUCAGGUCAUCACCGAAGUUCGCCAACGAUUAAGUUGCUUUGAUACUGAGUUGAAGGAUGCCAAGAAGGGUUCAGAAAACAUGCAGCAGGAACUGGCUGACGUUGGGCAUCGAGCGAGUUCCUUUGACAAUGAGCUGAGGGAGACUCGAAAAGAGGUGGACGACAUUCAGAAGGCAUUGAAAGAAGUCAGGGAGAAGACAGCUCGCACAGAUGACGAUGCGAAGAACAUCGUGAAGAGUACCAGAGAAUUGCAUCAGGUCAUCACAGAAGUUCAGCAAAGAUUGAGUUGCUUCGACACUGAGUUGAUGGACGCCAAAAGAGGAUCAGAAGACAUGAAGCAGGCACUAAGAGAAGUCGAGGAACAGACAGCUCGCACAGAUGAAGAUGCAAAGAACAUCGUGAAGAGCACCAGAGAAUUGCAUCAGGUCAUCACGGAACUUCGGGAGCGUUUGAACUGCUUCGAUGCCGACAUGAAGGAUGCCAGAGAAGGUUCCCAACACCUUGGACAGGUGGUUGCAGGAGUACAGCAGCAAACGGAUGGUUUCUUGUUUGAACUCACUGGCAUGAAGAAGAGCAAAGAAGAAAUGCAGGAGGUCUUCAGAGAAGCUCAAGGACAUGCACAGAGAGAUCUGCAGGUGUUGAAGGGCUCCUUUGAAACCCUUCAACAGGCCUUGGAAGAUGUCUCGGAGAUGGUCACUCAAAGAGAGGCUGAAACAAAGAGCAGGGAACGUGUGACUGAGGAGCUUCACCAGGUUGUUGCAGAAGUGCAGCAGCAAAUGGGCGGCCUACAGUCAGAACUGACCAACAUGAGGAAGGGCACAGAAGACAUGCAGGAGGUCUUCAGAAAAGCUCAAGAAGAUGCGCAGAGAGACCUGGGGGUGUUGAGGGUCUCCUGUGAAGCCCUCCAGCAGGCCUUGGAAGAUGUCUCUGAGAAGAUAACUCAACAAGAGGCAGAGACAAAGAGCAAGGAUCGUGGCACUGAAUCUCUUCACCAGGUUGUUGCAGAAGUGCAGCAGCAAGUGGGCAGUUUACAGUCAGAACUGCCCAACAUGAGGAAGGGCACAGAAGAAAUGCAAGAGGUCUUCAGAGAAGCUCAAGAAGAUGCGCAGAGAGACCUUGGGGUGUUGAAGGAUUCGUGUGAAGCCCUUCAGCAGGCUUUGGAAGAUGUCUCUGAGAAGAUAACUCAACAAGAGGCAGAGACAAAGAGCAAGGAUCGUGGCACUGAAUCUCUUCACCAGGUUGUUGCAGAAGUGCAGCAGCAAGUGGGCAGUUUACAGUCAGAACUGCCCAACAUGAGGAAGGGCGCAGAAGAAAUGCAAGAGGUCUUCAGAAAAGCUCAAGAAGAUGCUGAGAGAGACCUGGGGGUGUUGAGGGUCUCCUGUGAAGCCCUUCAGCAGGCUUUGGAAGAUGUCUCUGAGAAGGUGGCUCAAAAAGAGGAGGCAGAGAGCAGCGAACGUGGCAUGGAAGCUCUUCACCAGGUCGUUUCCUGCUUCCAGUCGGAGCUGACGAGCAUGAGGAAUGGGACAGAAGACAUGCAGGCGAAGCUCGGGGCGAGUGAAGGGGAUCUUCGGGAGCUUUGGAACGCCUGUCAGCAGUGUCAAGAGGUCUCGACGGCGUCGCAACAGGAGAUUCAGGCCUUGAAGGAGAAGCUCGUGGAACUCCAGGCCGGACACGGAGAACGCACGCUGCCUCAGCUGAUGGAGAGAGAGGAAGAGCUUUUGCAGAGCCACUCGGAGCUCCAAGCAGAGGUCAAGGUCCUGACGCUGGAGGCGCGACAAAGCCGACAUCAGGGCAUCAAGAGCCAAGCGGAGUUGGGCCAGGCCUUGGCCAGCAUCGAGGAGAACCGCACCUCCAAUGCACGAAGCUUUGAGGACUUCGAAGCCAAGUUGCACUCCGUGGCCCAGCGUGCUGAAGAAUGUGAGGCUUGGCAGAGCAACUCGCGCCCAGAGGAGCUUUGGGAGUGCUGCGCCCAACUGCUGCGGAGCUGUGAGCUGGAGCUCACCGAGGAGCGAGGUCAGCGUGCCGAGGAAGUAGCAGCUGUGACGACCGGCCUGCGGGAACAGCAGGAUCAAGGGCUGAAGCUGCAGGAGCACCUUUGGCAGCUCCAGGAGGGCCCUUUGGAAAGCUUGGCGCUCAUGGCUGAGGAGUGGAGAGCCGGCCUUUGUGAGCUUCGUGUGGCCUUAGAGGACACAGCUCAAGAGGAGUCGCUGGUGGAGCUUCGCUCGGCGGUGACGCUGGAGAUGGCGGAGGCCAGGUCGUUCGUCUCCGAGAGCUUGGCCGAGCAGGCUGAGCGGUUCAGCGAGGAGCUUCUGCAGGACUCGCGGCGAAAGGGCUUGGAGCUGGAAGGGGUGCGACGGCAGCUCCUGGAAACUGUGGAGGAUCGCAUCGCACUGCGGCGGCAGCUCUUGGACAUGUGUCGGGACCGGUCUGCCCCGCGGCACGGCGCGCCCAAAAGAGUUGCCGCCGAGCGAGCGAGCGAGGUUGAGCCGGGGCAGCAGGAAGG